AUGUCGUCGGAAGAGGACUCGUCUAUGGAUGUCAUGUCAGACCAGUCUUUAAAAGGCUGUAAAAUCAAGAGAACUCGUCAGAGAGUGGAUGCGGGAGAGCCCAGAAACAGCUACGCGAGUAUUGCCAACUUCUCCUCACGAGGAGGUUAUCUCAACCACCAGUACCACCAGUACAGCAACAGUCUCAACAUAUCUCCCAAUAGUAAAUUCAUCGGUGAUAUCAUCGCCAAGUCUUCAGAGAAUAACAGCUCCAAAGCCAACGCCAACGACAUGAUUGUCAUCGAGGAGACUGUCAUGCAAUUAGUGAACGGAGGCCUGAGUGCACCUCCUUUUGUGAACGGAGGCGCUAAUGGACUCAAUUCUGUGACUCUCAAGACAGAAACCAAUAAUAAUAAUAUCAAUACUAAUAACACUUCCAAUUGUAUUAACAAUAAUAGCAGCCAUUCAUCCGAAUUAGAGUUUAAUUUCAAAACGAGUGGCAGUUAUUUGUCAUCAAAAAGUUUAUCCGAAGUGUCGGCUCCCGGCGCUCAUCUGUUACGCGAUAUUCUCCAAACUGGCAGAAAGUUUGCUGAGAAUAGUGGAGAGGCUGACCAAUCAAACCAUUCCAACCAAAGCCAGCCAAACAGCUCCGGAAACGGCGUAGGAAAGGGAGGAAAGGCAGGAGAGGGAGGACUCUCUCAAUGCUCGGAUGCGUCCGAUCUCGACGAGGAGGAGAGCGAACGCCCGGACAGCAGAGAUGACGAAGGCAUGGAUCACAUCAUCAACAGCACUGAUCAGAGUUCUCCCAUCAAAGAUAAGUCACUUCACGAAUCUUCGCGAUCGCCCUCUCCUACAGCAUCGGCCCAAUCCAACCGUCCCAACACUCACAACAGCAACAGUGGCUCAGCCAUCGACGUCAAGAGAGCCAGAGUUGAGAACAUUGUGUCCAAUAUGUUGUUAGGAGGCAAUGGGCCCUCACUGGGAGGCCUCAAAGGAGGCAAUGGAGACGCCAUGAAUGUGUCGGUCAACGGGUGUAAGAAGCGGAAGCUCUAUCAGCCCCAGCAAAGCAAACUCAACGGACCGCCCGAUGAGGACGAAGAGGUCGAGUACUUGGCCGACGAAGAGGACGACGACGAGGAUAUUGUCUCUCAAAUUGAUUUGUCUGCCAAACGAGCGAAGACCGAGAACAGGGAUGACUUGCGCCGUCAGUUGGAGGACAUGCAAUCACAGCUGAUUGCUAUGAGACAGAGGUAUGUGGAGCUCUUCGAAGCGCAGCAAUUGCAGGCACACCAGAAGCAGUUGUCUCUCACCUCCAGUCCCGUCAAUCUGACGACUGCUAUAUCGGCCGAAGAUGAGUGCGACACAGAGAUGGAGGAAAUGGCGUCCGACAAGGGGCCGACCACUCCGGUGUCGCAAAUGAGUGAAAUGACGAACCGAGACAUGAGUGCGAACGCGACGCCCACCGCCCAUAACCCAAACACCGGCGCCGGCGAUGCCUCGCAUUUUCUGGACGAAGCCAGACGUCUCAUCUCAGAGCAGGAGAAGAUCGCCCGGCGCUCUGACCGCCAGUCCUGCAUUGUGCGCACCGCUGGCUCCCUGUCCUCCACACCGGCCCCUACGACAGACAUGGAUUGGCUAAUAGACUCACUUAAGACUGAUAUUCAGAGCUCUGUUAUGCAAAUAAUUGACACGACUUUCGCUAAGUUUCUGACAAAACGACCAACAAAUCAGAAAUUGAAUUUCGAUUCAAACGAAUCCAAGAAUGAAAUCACGAUUUUGUCCCAAAUGUUGGACUCAAAGUCUCCGCGAACUAAAGUGAUCGAUAGGGGGGCUGCCAUUGGGGCCGCAAAUAUAGGCAACGCUAUGAAGACUAACCUAAACGGUCACUCCUCUCGUGGCAGUCCUUUCAGUCUUCCGACAGAGACGGCACCCGCGCCCCGACCGACGCCCUUCUCAUUCCCGACGCCGAACUUCAAGUCUCCCUUUUACAUGCCUAAUGUGGCACCGGUAGGCGCACAGAUGCCUCAACAGCCGGCCCUCAUUCCAUCAGCUCUGGCCCAUCAUUUCAAUAGCAUUGCUUCGAGUUUAAGCCAACGCAGCGAUCAAUCAAACAAUUAUAGCAAUAGAGAUAUCCAUAACAUUCCGAUGAACACCAACGGCCACUCCAACUCUCAUCUCUUCGGCCGAUCCCCCGACGAACCCCUUCCCGAACAGACAGAGGCCAUGGCGUUAGUGGUGGCGCCCAAACGAAAGCGCCAUAAAGUGACGGACACUAGGAUUACGCCGCGGACUGUGAGCCGACUCUUAGGCCAGGACUCGAUGCUUGUCUGCAACCGAGAGGCCUCUUCCGUAUCGCCGCCCAAUUCCAUGAACUAUCAAAGUCACGGCCCCUCACAGCCACCACCACCUCUAGUGCCCGUGUCUUUGCCCACAUCGGUGGCCAUACCUAAUCCCAGUCUUCAUCAGACCGAUCUGUUCGGUGGCGCGAACUUCCCGUUCGGAGAGCACCCGCGGCUCAGUCUGUUCGGCGAUGACUCGGAUCUCAACCGCGAUGGCAAGAGUCACUCGGCGGUGGUGUCAGCCGUCGCACACGCGGCCGCCGCCCAUCACUUGCAUAUGUUGGCCGCCAGCCGGGCGUCGCCCGACUCUCUGCAUGGAUACCCAGCGACUGUCAUGCCAUCCCUCCAGUACGGAAGGGGUGGUUCAGACAAUGGCAACGAAGGAUCUGAAACCAACGAAACUCAAGUUACUCUGACGCCAAUGCAUCUGAGGAAAGCCAAACUCAUGUUCUUCUUCGUGCGGUACCCGAGCUCUGCGAUACUGAAGAUGUUUUUCCCGGACAUUAAGUUCAAUAAGAAUAAUACGGCACAACUCGUCAAAUGGUUUUCCAACUUUAGGCAGAGGCAGAGCAAAGUCAUGAAGAGAGAGUUUUAUUACAUCCAAAUGGAGAAGUAUGCGCGACAGGCCCUCAGCGAAGGCAUCAAGAACUCUGAGGAACUACAUGUUAGCCACGACUCCGAACUCCUCCGAGUCCUUAAUCUCCACUACAAUCGCAAUAAUCAUAUCGAUGUCCCGGAAAACUUCCGUUAUGUGAGCGAACAGACUCUGAGGGAGUUCUUCAAAGCGGUCCAAUCGGGCAAAGACUCGGAGCAGUCGUGGAAGAAAGCCAUUUAUAAAGUGAUCGCCAGACUCGACGACAACGUUCCCGAGUAUUUCAAGUCUCCAAACUUCUUGGAACAACUGGAAUGAGACAAUCGUUUGCUUGAAAAUAGUCAUCAAUAAUAUAUGAAAUGUAAUAUAAUAUGUAAUAAUAUAAACACAACAAAUGAAUAUAGAAGAUGGCAUUGAAUAGCGUCCGUCCGAAACCGUUUUAGUCUCAAUUUGGCUGCUUUUUCACAUUUAAAUUAAUUAUUCAGCGGUUAUAUUAUAAUAGUCUAUAAUAAUUGAAUGUUAUUAUCAUUAUUUGAACGAAACCUUAUUAUUUGUGACACAAAACUACUGAACGAUAAGUUUGAGUGCGAAGAGAAAGAACUGAAAACUCAUUUUCGCUGAUAUUUUGAAGAAAUUGGUUCAAUAGGGAGAAGUCGUGCCUUCAAAUCCAUUGACAUCUUGUAAUUGAAUACAAAUUUAUGAAUUCCAGUCAUUUUAGGGAAAAAUUUUUAAGAGAU